GAUAGCCAUUUUGAAGAGCCUUUUGUUGGUGUUUUGUGAAUGUUUUCAAGAAUUUUUUAAUUUAUUUCAAUGAUAUGAAAGUUAUUUCCAUACGUAAAAUGCACUAUUUUCAUAUAUCUUCAAUUCAGUAGAUAUAAGAAUACUGUGUUGAUUGUUUGGUGAAGGCGCUUUGUGAAAAAAAGAACCGGAAAGAACUCUGCUGCAUUUUUGUCUUAUUUUAGUUUUCUUAGAAAAUAGAGUUGUUUAUCAUACAAGUGAGAAGUUUGAGUAAGCGGUUUUAGUGAAACGACUCAGGAAGUGCGAAAACAAAUUGUUAUUUACGUCGCGUGUAUUUGUUCGACGUAAAUUUAGCUCGUUACAAGAUGGCCGCCAUUGGAUGGCCGCUCCGCCAAAACCCGGUCGCGGGGCCCGAUGUGUCACCGCUGGAGCGCGGAGACAUGUUGUGAGCCGGCGUUGUUGCGCGGCGGGCUCUCCGGCCGCUUCCGGCGAGAUUCCAUUUCAUAAAAUGGAAUUUCGCUUGAGGCGCCAAAAUACGAUGGGUGUUGACACAUCUCGAACUGCAAUACCGUACCGUUACUCCGUCGACGGGUUUACAAAAUAAUCGUCGACGAAGAUGAGCGAGCCGGACGACGUCGGUAAAGAAGUGUGGAAGCGAUGGAUACUCGAGGCUAUUCACAAGAUACGGUCCCAGAAACAGCGGCCCAGUGUCGAGAGGAUCUGUCACGCGAUCAGACAGCAUCACAACUAUCACGAAGACGUGGUGUCGGAGCGGCUGGAGCGGGCUGUGCGCGAGGGGGCCGUGCUCAAAGUGUAUAAUAAGGGGCAGAGUUCGUACAAGGACCCUGGGGGGCUGCAGAAUAAGACUUUAAGGUUGUCGCCCGAUGCGGACGUUUCCCGGGCAGUGGCAAAGGCAGUGCGUGAGUUGGGUGAGCGUGACGGCUCCAGUUUAAAGACUAUCGAGCGACAUUUGAGGCAAGCGUACCAAGUGAAUGUGGAAGCUGAUGUGGAUGUGCGGACGAUAAUAAGAGCUGGGGCGAAGCGCGCGGUGGCGAGAGGGCUGUUGACACAUCACGCGGGAACUUACAAGGCGACAGACCGGCCGCUUACCUCGUCCACUGAACGCACUCCUAAGAGGAAGCAUCUGCCUGAGGCUCAGGAGAAGGCCAGCAGUGUCGGAGUGCCAGUUUGCACGGAGUGUCUUGGCACGGAGGCCCGCAACCGGCUCGGCGCGGCGGAGGCCCUCGUGGUCUGCACUCAGUGCAAGUCCUACGCGCACCCCACCUGUCUCGGACUCCUCGAACAUAUCACACAUUCCACUAUCAAGUCGUGCCGCUGGGUGUGCGGCGAGUGUGCGCGCUGCGCCGAGUGCGGCGAGGCGGGCGGGGGCGGGGGCGGGGGCGGGGGCGCGGGCGGGGCCGCGGGCGCGGGCUGGGCGGCGCGCUGCGCGGCGGGCUGCGGGCGCGCGCGCCACGCGGGCUGCGGCCCGCCGCCCUACAGCUGCGGGGACUGCCGCCACCACACGCACAAGCGAUCGACGAUGGGGGGAACUCCGAAGGGCCGCAAGCCGAAGACGCCGCGGCCGGCGCAGUCGGACUCCGAGCCAGCGGACGGUAAUGCGGCCUCCGCGGCCUUCGCGCGCCUCCCGCCCGAACAGAGAAUGUCCAAGGAGAAACAAAAGUUUUUCAGAUUCUCCGCGUUUAACCUCGUCAAGCGGCGCCGAUGUCGGGAGUCCUCCAGCGAGUGGGAGGGCUGGGAGGGCCGCGCGCGCUGGGGCGGAGUCCAGGUGACCCGCGUCCAGAGGCUCGAGUUGCGGCUGGAGAGGCACCGGCCCCGCUCCGACGACUCGGGCCGCUCCACGCCGCAGCGCGCGCUGCCGCCCUACGUCCCGCCCACGCCUAUCACGCCCUCGCACAUCUCCACCGUGUUCGAGCGGUUGGCCACCGACACGGGCCCCGGUGGCGCCUGGGGCUUCGCGGCUGAGGCGCAGAAACAGGGCCGGCCAGAGCGCCUGCGGGUAGAACCCCCGCCGGAACGCGACCGCGAGCCCGACAGGAGGCGGGUCGCGCGCCGCCGCAGCCGCUGCGGGGACCGCCUCUUGACCACGCUGUUUGAUGGAUUGUCGGAAUUCUACUCGGUGAGCCACGCCUCGCGCUCGCAGUCCCGGCCCCGUCCGCCGCCCGACGACGGGGACCGCACGGUGCUAAAAGAGACGAGGAGCACCUUCAAGAGGUACCAGGCGUCGUUACGCCGCGAGCGCAGCAGAAGUCGCAACCGCAGCCCGUCUCGAACACGACAGAAUUCCGGACUCGAUUACAGAGAGCGGAGCGCCUCCCGGCCGAGGUUCAACCUGAGAGAUCGCAGCAGAUCACGGCCGAGGAUAGAGAAGACGAGGCACCGCAGCGUAGAGCGGGCAGCGUCGAGGCCGAGGACAGGGCGACGCUCGCGCACGCGCAGCCGAGUCAGGAGUCCGCCCCUCGAGGAGAGGCCGGCUUGGAGAGAGCGCAGCGUGUCGCGGCCGCGGGCGGAAGCGAGACGGGCGAGCCCCGUCGCUAGCGAGGAGGAGGGCUGCAAGAGUGAGAUAGCGCCCCGCCUGUCGGCGUCGGCCCUGGUCCGCACGGCGGCGGUCCACAAGCACCGGGCGGGCACGGACGUGGAUAAACUGUCGCGCGGGGUAGCGCUGGCGCGCGCGGGGGCGGGGGCGGGGGGCGCCGCGCGCCCGGCCACCGAUCAGACGGACGGCAAGCGAUUACCCCCGGGCGUCACUGAGGCUGACUCCGACCUCUAUAAGGCUGCAGUGGCGGCGGCCGGGGAGCUAGAAGAGCCUACGACAGCUGUCGUAGCCCCAGCAGUGGGUGCCCCGGCGACCCCGGGCGCUCCGCCCCUGCCGCAGCUCCCUCCGCGUUGCCCUGCUGCCAUUGAGUUUGGACAGUGGGAGAUCGAGACGUGGUAUUCCAGCCCUUUUCCCCAAGAGUACGCUAGGCUACCGAAGUUGUUCCUGUGCGAGUUCUGCUUGAAAUACGCUAAAAGUCGUGCCGUGCUAAUGCGGCACCUAGACAAGUGCCUGUGGCGACACCCGCCGGCCACGGAGAUCUACCGCUGUGGAGACAUCUCCGUAUUCGAGGUCGACGGGAACGCUAAUAAAAUAUACUGCCAGAAUCUGUGCCUAUUGGCGAAGCUGUUUCUCGACCAUAAAACUUUGUAUUAUGAUGUGGAGCCGUUCCUCUUCUAUGUGUUGACAAAGAACGACAGUAAAGGGUGCCAUCUCGUUGGAUAUUUCUCCAAAGAGAAGCAUUGCCAGCAGAAAUAUAACGUGUCGUGUAUCAUGACGAUGCCGCAGUACCAGCGGCAGGGCUUCGGGCGAUUUCUCAUCCAUUUUAGUUAUUUGUUGUCGAAAGAAGAAGGGCAACCGGGCACUCCGGAGAAACCGCUGUCCGACUUAGGACGAGUGUCGUAUCACGCGUAUUGGAAGUCUAUCAUAUUAGAAUUCCUCAACGACUACAAAGAUAAACCCUUUACUUUCGAAGACAUAGCGCAUGCGACCGGCAUGCAUAUGAACGACAUUGCAGUCACAUUUCAACUCCUAGGGUUCGUUCGGUACAUUCCCAGCAAUGAUACUAUAAAGUUGGGGCUUUGUAUAGACUGGACUAGAGUCGAGAAUCAUAUGAAGAGGUUGAGGAGUAGACCGAGAUUAGAAAUUGAUCCUGAAUGUCUAAGGUGGACGCCGCUUUUAGCGCCCACUGUGAAUCCGUUCAGAUCGCCUGAAGAUAAUUCUGGGGACCAAGAAACUGAGAACGAUGAGGUGAAGACGGAAAGCGAAGACACGGCGACAGAACCUGAAACUCGAGCGCCGAAAGAAGAAAUAGAAUCUAAAGAACCUAAACCAGAGAAAGAAGAAGAACCAGUAGAAGUAACGUCUUCCGGAAGAAGACGAACGAGGCCGCUUAAAUACAGUGAAACUACAUACCAAACCACGCCAAUCCUUGAUGGUAGAAAAAGAAAACGAGACGCUAGUAGAAAGAUCUCAGAAACAGUUGAUGACAAACCAGAAGAGACGCCAAGAACGCAGAGAAGUAAAAGCGUGGCGAGAAGAUCUUCCAGAGUAGCUCAGAAUGAAAAUGAGGACAGUAGUACUACUAGAAGUAGAAGGCAAAGUGUUAAAGAAGCAACCUAUGCAUCAGAUAGUCAGGAGAGUCAAGACAGUGCCGAUAUAAACGCCAUUACUCCAGUGACUGCAGCCAAAGCGAAAACAAAGAGAAAAAUUGCGUGGCGAGGACGGCAAAAGAAGCGACAGAAAGUUGGUAAGGCGACGACUGGAAGCGGUUCUCCCGCUGCUAAGAAAGCCAAAUUGGAUGAAAGCAAAGAUGAUACUGCUGACUACAAAACUGAUGAUUCUACCGAAGACCCUGACAAGACUACGUCUACUGAGAACAAUCAGUCGCCAAAGAAACCUGAUCAGAAAGAGGAUAAACCAAAGAACUCGGAUGCUAGUUCUGAGGACUCGUCGGGUGAGGCUGAUGAUGAGAUGGACGUGGAAGAGGGAGAGGACAAGAGGAGCGCGGUGAGUAAGCCGGCCACGCCGCGACCGCUGGAGGAGAAUAGCACCGACAACCAUACCAGUGAUAUGGAGCUAGAUAGCAUACACAUGGACUCUCCUAAGUCACUGGCGGAGAAGGAUCAAGUCAUCAAUGAGACUACUACUGACCAACCUAAGAGUGACGCAGAUAAAUCAGAAUCAGGUCCAAUGGAAACUCAGACAACAGAAUCAAACACGAAAGAAAGCGAGGAAAAUAAACCAGAAACGAGAAACGGCGAAAUGAAAUCUCCAGAAAAAUCGUUAGAUGACAAAGAUACAAUAAUAAUUUCAGAAUCAGAUGACAAUAAUAGUCAAAGCUGUCCGUUGCCAUCUCCAAAACAUAACGCUGUAGUUCCUGUAGAGCAAAACAAUGAGAAUAAACCAAAAGAAAUUGAAGAGAAUGAGAGUCCGUCCAAAGUCAUACCAGUGGUUUCAACAGAAAACGCUCAUAUAGUUUUAGACCCGAAAGUACAAGAGGAAGUUAACGCGAUAAGACCUACAGUCGAGCUGAUUGUCCCAAAAAUCAACCAGAUUGAAACGAUCGUGGUUGAAGGAGAGUCUGACACUGCCAAUUCACCCAGCAUAUCGCCUAAGAAGAAUGAUAAGAUUGUUAUAAACGAAUCCCCGAAACAGAAGACGCCUGAAAAGAUAAAUUCAGAAGUCUCUCAUGAGCAGAAAAAGUAUGAAAUGAGGAAAGAAACUGUGAUACAACAAAACUUAGACGAUGGUAAAAAUCAAGAGAAAAAGUCUCCUAACAAAAUUGACUCGAUCAUACAAAGUUUAGAGCCACCAAGAGACAUAUCUGGGAAUUUGAAGAAGCCUGAAAUGCCGAAACUGGAUUCGUUUCCCGAACUAGAUAGAAAUAAGCUUCAAAUUGCAAUAUCUAGUAAAGAGAGUGAAAUCCCUUUUAGAAACGACAACAUGAACAUGAGAAAAGAUGAAAUAGUUAUAACAAGAAAUGUGAUAGAAUCGAAUAUGCAGAAUUAUCAGAAUACUAUUGGCCCUGUGAUAAAUUCCAUGACGAUACAGCAGAUAAACCCUGGGCAACAUUCUUAUAUGAAUCACAGAGUGAACAUAAGCAAAGAAUCUCAAGCCGUUCAGACUGACAAGGUCCUUAAAACCAGUGAACCAAACAGAGUAUUGAACAACAUGUCUGACGCACCAGUGAUUAGUAAAACGACCAAAUUAGAAGUACCGCACCCUAUUUCGUCUCCUGUGAUAAACCCAGUUAUUCCAAAAGUCCCGAAUGUUACUGAUAUCAAUUUUUUACCUCGGUGUCAAAGUGCUAAUGCGGCUGUUAACUUAGGAAUGGAAAGAGACUUGGAAGCGAACUUCGCUAAUAGUAAUGCGAUGCAGAAUUCUCUAGGAGGGUCGAUGAGUAUCGCGCAAAAUCAAAAUCAGCAAGAUAAAAACGAUCCGAAUCUUAAACCUAGAGAGAAAAGUAAACUGAGAGAUGUGAGAGUGAAUUCUGCUCACAGCAAAUUGGAGAAACCUGAGAAGAAGCCGGGGAAGAAUGAGAACCCAAGAAGUACGCCGGAACCGAAGAUGUUUUUUCCUGAACAAAACAACCCGCAACAAAGCAAUGCGCGGAAGCCUGAGACGUCGGUCCCUAUAAACGUAAUCAACACAGCCGUGGCAACCACUAAAGUAGACACUAAAACUACAAACGAAGCGCCGAAGAAGCAAGAUUUUUUUAAGAAAGAAAAAUCUAACUCCGCCAAAUGUGAAACAAAAAACACAUCUGUGAAACACGACAAAACUUGUUCGUCGCAGUUGAAAGCGGAUCAGAAUGACUUGAACAAAAUGUUGCCUAAAUACAAGUACGACAAUGAAUUGGUCCCGAAAGCCGACUACGCGAUGAAUCAGAUACCUAACUACCACACGACGCAUGCGCAGUACCAAUGGGCGCCCUGGGACCACACGCGGAUUCAAGGCACGUGGGACCACAACCGAUUUCUGGACAUGAAGAACAGUGAAAAAAACUACUUGGAUAAAUUCCAAGGUUUCAACUUACCUCCUUUGGAACAGAUGCAGAAAUCUCCUCAGAAGUUGCACCCGAAAUAUGACCAGAAAGAUUUCCAUAACAUCGCGUAUGGGGCUUUGUCGGGUGGUAUAUACGCAACGACAAGUUUGCCGCAUUUUAAAGAUACCAAAUCGACGUCGAAGGCGGAUUGUCAAAAGAACGAGUGCAAGCCGGCGAAGCAGUCAAAAACAACUACUGCUUGUCAAACACAGUGCGAGUCGAAGAAGUCUCAGUCUCAAUCUCAGGCGCAGGCGCAACAGCAGAGCACUGAGGCUCAGAUAAAGCAGAUGAUGCAGCGACAGGUGAACAAACAACAAGAGGUCGCCACCAGCUGCGCGGAGUACCGGCAACACAGCCCACAGGUCCUCACAUCACCAGGUUGCAAGACUCCGUUCAACCAGAACGGUCCGUGCUCCCAAGAAAAGACGGAGAUUGAGAAAAAAUCUCGGCAGAAAAAGGAAGAAUCACCAAAAGACGGAAAGGAGGAAAUGUGCGAGGCUGUGAGUCCGGCUUUGCAGUCUAUGGGGGUGUACACUCCGGACUCGACAAGCAAUUCAGUGCAUUCAGUGCAGUACCCUACUUGCGAGUUGGACGUUAGCCAGUUAGGGUUGGAGUCUCCGACGAGCAUCGGGUCGGAUUUGGCGUCUCCGUGCUCCAUGAUGCACAUGCACCCGGCGCCGAGCCCGCAGUACCCGCACUCCGCCAUACACAUGACCAACAUCAUGUCGCAGCCCACACAACCGCCUAAACAGCAGAAGAUCAAUAAUAGGAACCGCAGCACCGCGCAGGGCGGCGGCGCGGCCGCGGACAAGUCCCCCGCCAUGCGCGGCGCCACGCCGCCCGCGAGGCACCGCGCCACGCCGCCCGCACACCAGCCGCACGCGUGUGAUGUGGCAGGCGGCGGGGGCGGCGGGGGCGGCAUGGGCGGCGGCUACCAGGGCGGCUACCUGGCGUUCCAGCAGCAGCAGCAGUACCACGGCGGCGGCGCCUGGCCGCCCUCGUGCUCGCUGGCCAAGCUGCAGCAGAUGGCCGACGCGCCGCAGCACCACCCGCCCCACACGCCGCCCGCGCCCAACACGCCGCAGAGAGAGAACGCGGAGUGGUGGCUGGACGAGUGCUCGUAUAAUAAGCAUGUGUUGUGGCAGUACGCGGCGCAGCCCGCCACGCCGCCCGCGCACUACCACGCCGCCGCCGCCAAGUACUACCCCGCCGGCAACCAGCUCGACGCGCCCAGGAACUCACGGAAUACUACCAGCAACUUGAGCGCGAUGCAGCACAUGCAGGUGGCGGGCUCGGCGCGCGUGUCGCCCAACCUCAACACGCACAUCAUCUCGGGCUACGCGGCCGCCGGCCUCAACGGGUACCGCGUGCCGCCGCACCAGCAGCAGUUCAACAACCUGCCCGUGCAGAUGAUGAACGUGCAGCCCGCCGUGCAGUACGCGGCGCCCGACCCGCGCGACCCGCGCGCCCCCCCGCAGCAGCACAACGUGUACGCCUACGGGUACAUCAACCCGCCGCCGCCGCUCGCCAUGCAGACGCUCAACUCCACCAUGCGCCGGUAGCAACACACGCGCCCACACUAACGCACUCACACUUGACGACGAACUGUGGGUUAUGUUCGUACAACCGUGCGCACGUACCAUCCUAUGCCUAUGUAUGUUGUCGAGUGAUCGCGCAAAAGUUUGUGGCGGACUCAGAUAGUUCCUCCCGUAUGCAACAGAUGGCCUGAAACGCGCUAACGAAUUUUACACAGCGCGAUGCAUAUAUACAGUAGCAACAUGUGGCAUAGUGGGGUACUAUGCUCUGUUUGGUACCUCGAAAACAUUCUGUAGUCCUGUGUGUCCGGCUUGCUUCUCAAAUAGGGAGCACCAGUUCGAGCCCCGGUACCGGAAUUGCACGAAUGAGUUAUUAAUUUAUCAUAAGUGCAAUUUUCACUAACACAGUUGGAUCGACCAUUAUAGAUGGCGAUACGGCUCACCUCACGUUGGUCUAACAGAGAGCUUGGUGAAGCGUGGAUACUUCAUUUUGCGACGGAUGUACCUCUGACUACCCCAAUUGGGAUAUAGUCGUGAGCUUAUGUUACGUGUAAUUCUUGUACGAAUAUAACUCACAGUUCCCUUUUUGCUAUGACUGAACCGACAGUAACACUAAUUAAGCCAUAGUACAAAUAAAUCGCGUAGUAUUAGUAUGUAUAUAGUGAUGAAACGUCGACACCACUUGCGUUGCCUUACCUACCCGCACCGGUGCCGCGUUGUUGUACGCAUGUUGUAAACUUGUAACUAACGUAAUAGGCAGCUUUGCUAGUUUUGUAUGAUGACACGCAGCAGGGCGCAGUACCCUUAUGGAAGCUGAUUAAAGUACAAAAUUGCAGAUAAACAAAUGUAUUUAAAUCUGUUUAUAAUAAAUAAUGAUGACUACGUCAGUGAAAAGUAGCAUAAUUAUAUAGUGCAAUAAAUGUAUUGAUCUGGUAGAAUGAUGCAUGUUUUUAUAUCUUGUACUUGUACGACGCAACUUGUUGCUGUGAUAAUCUUAUGAUUGGACAGUGAAGUAGGUGUGUGCUUAAAUCAUAAUAAAUUAAUAUAUUGUUGAUUUCCAAAGAAGUAAUUAUUGUAAGGGCAAGGUUACAUAGAUUUGCUGUGCAAUGGUUCCCCAACCGUCACUUGUCUGGAUGUAAAGUUCGGAGUUGUCAUUUGUAUGUAUAUCUGUUUAAAUAAUCAAAUACUGUGUGUAAAUGCUGUGGCAAGUAUCGUUUUACUAUAACUACGACAUAUUUUUGUUCUCUACUCUAAUCUGUUGUUCAAAGUGCCUCUUUCUCUUUCAUACGUCAGCUUGUUUCUCUGUAAGAUAUUGUAAAUGCAUCGCUUAUUAACACAAGUGUGUAAAUAGUUGGUAAUAUAAUUAAUUUGUAUGAUAGAAUUUUUGAUUUGAUCAAUGUGAUAGUGUUGUAGCAGGAUAGGGGCCGGUACGCGCCGGUCCGGCGCCGGCGCACGACGGGCCUAAACGACGGUUAUUUUUAUAUUUUGUAUUCUUUUACACUGAUAGGUUAAAGUUUUAUAUAACGGUAGUUUGUUUACGCUUCGAUUUAAGGAUUAUUUUCGUGUUAUCCCAGUAAUUUAUUGCCAAAUGUUAUUAACACUUGCGUUUUGGUUUAGUUAGGUUAGCGUUUAUUUGCUCUUUGCACUCGUAGGUUUAAUGUUAUGUUUUACAUUGUGACAGUUCAGUGAGGCACGGGCGUGAAGACUGACUACUUGUGGGGUGUGCAGGGACACUGUACGCUUGCCUCGUCAUUAUUAAGUUUAUGACAUUAUUGGCGCAAAUCAGACGUAGCGCGAAGCCCACGUCCUCACAGAUUCGGUAAAUUAUUUUUUAAGAUCUGCUCCCUCUAAGGUUAUCAAUGUUAUUUGUUACUAAUGUGUAGUAUAUAAAAUAUUGUACAUACAAUAACAUAAGAAACAUGUAGCAGGUGUUAUCACACAAAAUAUAAUUUUGUGAAAAA